GCAGAGAUUAGAUUGCGGCGUGGUCAGCCGCCGCUGCGGCGUCCCCGGCCGGCGAACACCGAGCCCAGUGGUUCUGCCGCACGUGAGAGGGCGACUCGAUCUGUCAGGUGGGUCGAUAGUUGGUGCAGUCAGGGUUUUAAAAAAUAAUAAAUGAAUCAAAGCAACAACUAACUGCGAAAAGAACCCGCUGCACGGAACGCCAGACCAGACAAGAUGGCGGCCAAGGGCGAAUACACAGUGCAGCCGCCAUCGCCACCCGCCAAGGACCACUCCAUGCGCAUGUGCGUCAUGACACUGCUGGUGUUCUUCUUCAUCUGCAUAGUUCUGCUCCUCAUUCCUCUGCUGCUGAAGAAUCACUCUCAGUCGAAGGGAGCUGAUGAUGUCACCGCAUCUCAACUAGAUGGGACCGUGAAUAAUCAUCCAACGGUUCCUCCAGUGACAGAAGAACCACAUAAAACAGCCACCUCGCGAAUAACACAUAUUUUGAAAACAUUCACAAUGCCGGCAAAACUUUCAACACUAAUAUCAACUUCUGCCGAGACUGAGCCUCGAAUGAUCUCCCUUCAGACACAACCAACUGUAAAGAAUUUUGGCCCAGCUUUACAAACUGUAUCAGUUGCAAUUACAUAUUCAGCAACAAACAGUCAAAUAACUCUACAUUCUUCUCCUACAAUAGCUGGUCCUACUGUGCCCUUACAUGUUUUAUUACAAACACAGGCAAAAUCGACGUAUUUGAGCUCAUCCAAAAAAACACCUUCUCUAGAGCACAUACCUACAACACCCAGCAGUACCCCUAAUCUACUGUCAACAUCUGUAGUAAAUGACCAAACUUUGCCUAAGGAUGUCUUGUCUCAAACACAUGCCGAUACAAAAGAUAAUAGUUCAUUUUCACUAACGGCCUCUGUCGUCUAUACAUCUACCACGCCGAGCAGGCCCACGAUAAGUAAGAACCCCACAAGCACUGCUCAGACCACGCUCCAGGGCACAUUCUCUAAAACACAGACAGCAGAGAUGAGCUCGUAUGAACAAACACCCUCUGUUGCGGUCAAACCUUCAACGUCUAAAAGUCCAAGUCUAAACUCGUCUUUUACGAUGACUGAUCACACUACGUCUCAAGGUACACCUUCACAAACAAAGGAAACAGAGUUGAGCUCGUACAAACAAUCACCUCCAAUUACGUUUACACCUCCAAAACAUAGCAGUCCACAAGUUAUUCAUUCGUCCUCUACAAUGACUGGUCUGACUAUGCCUCAAAAUAUUUCUUCUAAGCCACAUGAAAAUGCAAACGAUUCGAACCUAGUGAAACAAUUAUCCACUGUUGCUCACGCAUCUCCAACACCAAGCAGCUCAACGACAUUAAGUACGCCUUCUGCAGUGACUGUCCCGAUUGUGGCCCACAAAAUCGGAUCACACAAGAAAGAAAAUAUAACCGAUUCGAGCUCAACUUCACAAACGCCUUAUGCUGCUAAUUCAUCUUCAACACCAAGCAGCCCAACGACAUUAAGUACGCCUUCUGCAGUGACUGUCCCGAUUGUGGCCCACAAAAUCGGGUCUCACAAGAAGGAAAAUACAACCGAUUCGAGCUCAACUUCACAAACGCCUUUUGCUGCUAAAUCAUCUUCAACACCGAGCACUCUAUUGACACAGAAUACUUCUUUUACAACGACUUCCCAAACUAAGCUUCAGGGUAUGUUUUCCCAAACACAGGCAACAACGUUUUCCAGCUCCCCUUCAGGAAUUGUGUCUUCGCCUUCAAGUACCUUAGGCGAGGUGUGCGGCUCGGGAGAGUGCAAGAACCUCGCCUCGCGGCUGCUGGUGCUGAUGAACCACGCCGCGGAGAAGUGCGACGACUACUACGAGUACGCCUGCGGCGGACUGCGCGAGAACGAGCGCCUCCUGGAGGACGACCUCGAGGCCCUCGCCAUGGACAGAAUAACUGAACAACUGCAUCAGUUGGAAAAUGGUGUAACCAAUGAUACUAAAGAAACCUAUCCAUUCUACAAGUACUACCUAAGUUGCAUCAAUUAUUAUGAAGAUUUCAAUGAAAAGAAGAGACUGGAAAAAGCCAAAUCAUUUAUGGAUAGCAUAACCCGUUUCUACAGGCAUGAAGAAUGGAAAACGACUGAUUCAAAAGUGCUUACUGAGAUUAUCUACAACCUUACAACCCAUCAUAGCACGCCGCUGUUCGACGUGCUGCUGGACGUGGACACUGCUGACACCUCGCGGUUCGGCCUGAAGCUGACGGCCGCCGCGGCGCCCCUCGUGUUCGCGAGCCUCGAGGCCCGCUGCUCGCCCGCGGCGGCCAGCGACUCUGACCUGCUGGAUCUGCGCCGGGUGUACGCGGAGCACAGGCGCUGCCUGGAGGAACAACAAAAAUAUUACUAUGAUGAGGUGACAGAGGCUGUGACAGAACUGGGUGUCGAGACUGCACAGGUGGAAGAACUCGUUAACGACACCAGAAAAAUUAGAACAUUGUGGUCAAAGCAUAUGGUUAGCCCUACCGUCUCUCAGUAUGAACAGCUAUCAAGAAAGUUCGAAAUCAAGACUGUCAACGAAUUAAAAGCAGAAAUAAGUUUGAUUGACUGGGAACUCCUUUUCAGUUUGCUGCUAAACUCGACCAUUGAUGGAAAUACACGUGUUCAAGUGUAUUUUUAUGAAAAUUUAAAAAAUUUCUUUACCAGUGAACCGGACAUGAGCGUGGCCCUGCACAACGCCCUGGUGGGCUCGCUCGCGCGGGACAUCCACGCCAGCCUCGUGAGGCCGGCGGGCGCGCCGCAGGACCGCGGCGGCCACUGCCUGCGGCUCGCCGGCUCGCUGCUCGAGGAGUUCUCCUCGGCGCUCUACCUGCUCUCCUUCCCCGAGCAGCAGCUGCAGGACCUGGCCGCGGAGCUGCGCGAGCUGUUCCUGCUGCUGAGGGCCACCCUGCGCGAGCGCGCCGGCGCCUCCACGGUCCUGGGGGACGCCUCCAAGGCGGCCGUGGCCCGCAAGCUAGACGCCAUGCGGCUCGUCGUUCCCGAGGCGCGCACCAGCCCCGACUUCCUGCGCCGCCGGCUGGAAGGAGUCGGCGUGGUUAUUGAUGAAAAAGACUUCUUCAACAACACAAUAGCACUUCUCAAGAGAUAUCGCAGUCUACUGUAUUCAGAAUAUGACAAGAACCCCAGUGAAUUUGAACAAAUAUGGACGCAUUUUGUUUUACCAUACCAAUCAGAAGGAGUCUCCAUUUAUGGUUUGAACACCGUAGCGGUGCCGCUCGGCGUCGCGGCCCGCCUCCGAGACUUCCACCUGCGCGGGCCGCAGUACAUGAGGUACGCCCUCCUAGGCGCCGCCAUGGGGCGACUGUUCACCCGCCACUUCGCCGCCGCCGGUGUGAAGUACGAUGAGCACGGGCGGUAUGACGCAGAGAAUCCUCUCAUAAGCGUGGAUGAGUUUGCGAUAUGGAAUGAGACCUAUCUUGUGGAACCAUCUGUGAUGUGGGCUCUACCUGACGGACGCAACGUCACAGUUAUGCUGGACGACGACUUGAGGAACCUGUGGCUGGACGAGCUGAUAGCCGACCAGAGCGGGCUGAAGCUGGCGCUGGAGACGUACAGGCGGCUGAACCUCUCCGAGUCGGACCAGGUCCUGCCCUGGCUGGGCAUGGACGCCACGGAGCUGUUCUUCCUGUCGGCGGCGCAGGUGUUCUGUACGAAAGCAACUAUUCUCGACAGCGCCGUUGAGUUGUUUGAAAACGAACAUCUACCAUCUCAUGCAAGAGUCAAUUUCUUCAUAUCCAACUCCUACGAUUUUGAAGACAAGACGUGUUCGCGGGGAACCAAAAUGAAUCCAAACUUCAGCGUCAAAGCCGUCCCUUUCCCGGAGGAACAAAAAAAUGAACAGUGAGCUGAGACAGCGGGGUAACAAGAUAAUGUGAACUAGGACUCACAGGAUGCAAGAAAUGCCCUCUUUCCCCUAUCGCUGCCUUCAAGGUUCAGUCAUGAGGAAAAUUCACUAGAUUAAAGAAUUAAUAUAUUUUGCUUGCACAGAAAGUUGACAUUGUUCUGAAGAUAUAUCUAUCAUUCAACUGAUUUGCUUGUGAUUGUGGUAGUCACGAGUAAAUACUGAGAGAUAUUUGAACAGUGUCUACUGAGAAACAAUUCUGAACAGUAAUUAUGAAAUGUUGUUGUUGUACAUAUAAUUUUGUAGUCACAGUCAUUUUUAAUAAAACUUAAUGAACCCUG